CGUUUCAACGUGUCGUGCUCUAGUUGGUCCUGUAUAAAACAAUAGCUCCAUAAAGUUAAAUAUUCCCGGGAGACAGACAGAAAGACAGACACUAUCGGAUAGCUGUCUAGAUGGAGAAGCUUUCAUUAGUCUGACUGAACAGGAGGAGAAUUUGUUUGCUGAUAUACUCUUGUUGGUGUGUGUUAUCUGUGAUGGGUCGAGGACACUGGACCGUCGCGGUGAAUAGAGAAGUCGGAGGGGUGUUGGGGAUGGUGGUGGUGGUGGUGGUGAUGGUGGUGGUGAUGGUGGAUACUGCUUGUGGGGAGAGUAACAGUGAUAGCACACGCAGUGACGACAGAAAUAUCAGUAAAUUAACUUUGAGAAACACUUAUCAAACGUCUGGUCUCUUUGUUUUGGCUAAGUCAUGUGGAGCGAGAGAACAAGACAGAACGCUGGUGAAAGUGCUACAUGUGACCAAACAGGUGUGGGUCAUGACCAAUCCUACGGCCACCCUCUUGCCCAGUGGCAACCAAACACACUGUGCCCUCCCACCUAAGUCCAUCUUCGAGGUGAGACGAACCGAUAUUCUACAGGUAAUUCAGACGGACUCGGAGGACAUCCUGUGCUCUUAUAAAAGGGACACUGAUCUAUACCUUCGGGACGAACUAGUUUAUGUCUCUUGUCACCCUGAUGAGGAGGAUGCCAAAGAAGAGAUGUUCAGCCUGAUGUUAGACUCCUCGAUCACUUCGGAUUCUUCAAUGGCUCCUACAGGUGGAUCUACUGGUGCCACUGGACAAACAUUCCCUACUUCAGCACUCCCUCCUUCAGCACGUCCUCCAACACAUCAUCCUCCAACAUUUCAUCAUCCUACCCCAGCUAACAGUGCUGUCCUAAAUGCAUCCACUGAAAACUCUAAUUCAGAGACGAAGGCAACAAAGACCUUAUCAAAAUUAUCUGCCACAAACAGAACAUCACGUAUGCCCGGUACAACAGAAUUCACAAAUACGGUAGACACAAUAACCACAGAAAAUACGGACAGAACACUAACAUCCACAAGUAAUGCACCAGAAAUCUCUACUCAAGAAACAGAAGCAGAAAGUACACCCUAUUCAGAACAAACAGAAAUUACCCAGGCAUUCACAAGUAAUACGGAGGAAAGCCCUAUACAGGCAAGAAAUGGAAAAAAUAUACCAUUUCCAUUGACAACUGCUAUACCUGAAGUGAGUUCGUUAAUUGUAAAUUUAUCCUACACUGAAGCUAUCACAAAUGAAACUCAACUUGCCUUACAAAAUUCCUCUGGUUACCUUGAGCAAACCAACGAAAUGCCAUUCUUCAUAGGAGUUGGAACAGGUGUUGCUGUACUGGUGUUGGGUAUAGUCGUCAUUGCCUGUCUGGUACGUCAGCGAAAACCAAAACGAAAAAAUGAGACAAACAAUGAGGACUUCUUCAUGGUUGGAUCCUAUAAUGACUCGUUAAAUAGACGGGAGUUCAAUGAUGGCUAUAACAAUGCUCAAAUCAUGAUGUACUCUGGAGCCGAACACGAAGAAGCAGUGUCUCUGGACAUGGAGGAAAGGAUUCUACGAAGCCAAGUCUCUUCUUAUGGACAAGACACACCAAAAUGCCUCCGCUCGGACCGCAUUAAAGCAGAAUCGCCUGCAAAAUCCAACAAAUGACUUGCCCGAGACCAGACAACGUUUCAUGGACACAGGUUUGAGUAUCCACCACUCCUUGUGCUGGAUGAAAAUGGGCUUAGUGCUAUACAAUACACUCUCUUUUCCAACAAUAUGACAGUGAAAUGCAUCCUGUUUUUUAAGUAAAUGGGCACAGAUGCAAAUGUGGCAUUUUACUGUGGCUGUUUCACUCUCCAGGAGCUUUAUCCAGCUGUUUCAGGCAUGACAAAGCUCCUGGAGAGCGAAACUUUGCCACAAUAAAAUGCCACAUUAGUUACACCUGUGUCCAUUUACCUAACGUUUCGUUGGUAAUUCCCCCAUUCUUAUUCAUGUCAUUUUUACAUUCACGGGAAACAUAAGGGUCGUACAAUGCCAAGGAAGAAUGGGAGGUAAUCAAGUUUGAUGUAAGGAAGAGGAGGGUAACUCCACUUCCUUUCGUCAAGAACUCUCCACCAGCAUUUAGAUAUUCCUUCUUGGAAGGGUAGUAGUCCUUGAACUUAUUUUAUUCAUAGGGAAAGCACCAAAUGUAUGGGGGAUACAUAUAGCACCAGGAGAAUGGUAGGCAUUCAGGUUUCAUCUCAGGUAGGGAAGGUUGAGUCCUGCUCCUUGGAUCAAGAGCACUUCACCAGCAUCAAGGUACCUUUCUUGAGGGGCCUUGUGCUCUGUGAAUCCCAUCAGCUCAGUGUGGGAUUACAAAAAACAAAAAUCUGUCCCAUGAAAAUAUACAAUGUAUGUUAAUGUUAAAGCACUCAGUUCAGAGUUACAUCUUAUGUGAUUUAUAUUUUAUAUGAUCAAGGAGUUGACUGCAUCAUAAGUGACUGUCUUCUGAGCAUUAAAUUGCAUCUAUUAAAAUAAAAAAUCUAAACUGGAGUGAGAAAUUAACUAUGGAGUGUUAGGCAUUCUGGUUUGAUUCAAGGAAUUUGAAAACAGAUUCAAUUCCUUAGACAAAUGAUUCAAAGUGCUUUCAUAAUUGAAUAGUACAUGAAGAGCCCUUCAUAGUAUGUGCAAUCCAGCUUAUUAUUAUUAUUAUUAUAAUCAAAAAGAAGCGCUAAGCCACAAGGGCUAUACAGCGCAAUCCAGCUUAGAAUUCAUUCUUUCAACUGCAUUUAGAAAAAAUCACACUAGAAGUUCCAUAGAGAGACCUUACUGUGUUGUCUGUUAUAUCCAUUAUCAUUUAUUGCUGUAAUCGUAACUUAAUGCUAGACCCACCCACUAUCAUUUAUUAUUAUUAUAAUCAAAAAGAAGCGCUAAGCCACAAGGGCUAUACAGCGCUGCAGGGUAGGGAAGGAAGCGAGGGUAUUGGAUGGCAGAAGAGAGGAGGGAUGAUCAGUAGGUUACAGAAAACAGCGGGGCAGGGGAUAGUACGGGGGUAGGGGGUAGCAAGAGAUUGAAGUAGAAAGGGCUGAAGGUAUCAGAAUUUGUGAAGUAAGUCAGUUGUUGUCAAAAAGUCAAUGAGAGAGUCUGGAUGAAAGGUGGGUCCAUCAGUGAGAAGGGAAGGUAAAGAGAGAGCAGCAGAGCGAAGACGACGACGGAGGUAAAUUCUGCGUGCUCGUUGAUAAAGUGGGCAGUUCAACAGAAUGUGGCUGACUGAUAAUGAAACUUGGCAAUUCUCACAGAGAGGAGCAGGGCGCCUCUCCAUGAGAUAUCCAUGAGUAAGACGAGUAUGGCCAAUGCAAAGACGGGAGAGAGUAGUCUCCCAACCUCGACACUGGUGAUAAGAAGACGGCCAGUAACCUAUACUCGGUUUAAUAGAUUGAAGUUUGUUGCCGAGCAUAGUAGACCAACGUUGUUGCCAACGGGUGUGAAGUUGGGAAGAUAUUGCAGCAAAAUAGUCCGUAAAUGGAAUACCUCUACAUGAAACUUGUAGGUCAUGUACUGCUGACCGCACAGCAGUGUCUGCCUGUUCAUUGCCCUGUACGUCAACAUGACCAGGGACCCAACAAAAAACAAUA